AAUGUAUAAUCUGAAAUAUCACAUGUGGAAAUAUGAGCUUUCAAAAUCCAUCUCAGGCUUUCUAGGCAACAGAUUAUAUGCAAGUGACAUCAGCGGAAACACGACUGGCCACAGAAGGUGGGGGCUGAGAGCUGGGUCUCUGAGUGUGUCCAACUAGCAAUGACAAGAAGAGGGGGAAGAAAAGUACCCGCUUCAAUAGGAGAAGCUUGAGCAAGUGCUUCGAAUCCUGUAUCUUGGCAACAAGGCUUCUGUUUAACAUUGAGGAGGGGCGUGGCGUGAGAGGACUUGCCUUUUAAUACCAUCAGAGAAGGACUCUCCUGAGCUGUUCUUGCAGACCUUUUUUGCUUUUUUUUUUAUCUUGAGUUAAAAAGAAUCUGGCUCUAUUUUCAGAUUUAAGAAGCAGGGCUAGGUUUUUUUUUUUCCAAUUCUUUUUGAAGCGGGAGUGCGACUGAUUAGCAUGGUAAGGACAAAAAUAAAACUAUUACUCUAGAAAGUAAAAACUUCAGCUAUAACUAUAUAUUUUUUCUUAAACACAGAUGCAUGCUAGGCUUGGUUGCAGAUCGGAGUAUAUAUUUUAAUUACGUAAAAUAGCAUUUCUUCUUGUUUGAGAUUUAAAAAAAACAUAAAUGUGUGUGUAUGUAUGUAUGUGUAUAUAUAUAUAUAUAUAUUAUAGUGUGUGUUUGUAAUAUAUGAUAGUUAUUAGCGCAUUAACACUUUCUAUAUGUGAUGUGUCACGUAAUUCUAAAGUUUGCGGUCAUGAUUGAAAACAUGUUCAGUAUAAUGCAUCCUUUAUCGCAGAUUGCAAAUAAAAUUAUACAUUGGCGGUAAGUCCUAAAUAGAUGCUUGUGACCCUGCAAUUAAACCUGCCAUGCAAUUAUCUAUUGCUUUAAAGUUUUAACACUUUCAGCACUUUGUAAAAGGAUUGCCUAAAUGAUUCAGUUCCAAGUUUUGUGGGGACGGCGGAGGACUAAGAUUGUAGAUAAAUGGGUUAAUAGUGAAGCAGCUUCUGUUUUCAUCAGCUGCCAAGACCUUGUUACUGCGUCAACUUUCUUAGCAGCCCAGAGCUAAGCCUGAGCAUAUUUAGUUGAAUAAGCAUUUGCUGCAAAUAGCACAUUUAUUCUGGGUAGGCCUGUGGACCCUAACUUGUGUACUGUAUUCCAACCCUUUAGUACAGUCCAACAGUCAGUUAAGUGUUUCUGAGUUACAUGUAACCCCAAAUUAAUUUUUUAAAAUUUUUUAAUCUUUGGGUUUGUGUCUAAUUAAUGGUGCUUUCUGUCUGAUCUUCUUGGGAUUAUAAUGCUUCUGCUAAAAAAUAUAUAUAAAUUGUGUGUGUUCAUUGAUAGAGAGUGAAGCACCCCCAUAAUGUAUUAGCAUAGCUCUUAAGUGCAAGGCUUUUGUGUAAAGGUGCUUAGAAAAAUAUCAAACUGGCGCACAAAUUAGCUAUUUGGGAUUUGUCUCUAUGAUCCAAAUUGUCAACUAAAUGGCUCAAAUUUGUAUAUCCUCUAAAUGGUAAUGGCUUGCUAAAUCAACUAUUAUUUUAAUAUUUCCUUGUGCUACAUUUAUUUAGAGACAGAGUGUUACUAUUUUUCUUGCUAAUUAGAAGUGGAGAUCCAGGAUAUGUAAGGGUCCCUGAGAACCCAUGUUAAACCGUGAAAUGGCUUUGAUGGGUUGAAUUCCUAAAAUAAUUAAGUAGGGGUCCCUUAUUAACCAUGGGAGAGCCGAGAUUUCAUCCCACCUAUGUCUUCCCCUUCAGUAAGAUGUUAACCGUAUUAUGUAAAGCUGGGGGUUCCUUUCGGCUUCAACAACCAGACAAGGUGGUACGCAGUGAAUGUCAAGAGUGCAGAUGGGGCAAAUAAAAUAAUUUAGCCGCAGCGUCCCAAUGCCAUGGCCAUUACUAUAGCACAGUAACAGGGGAACCACAAGCGUUUGAAUAUAUGAAGGAGGAUACAUUUCACACUCUUUCUAGAACAGCCCAGCCAAUAAUAUUACACCCCCUUUUCCGCAGCCCAGCAGAUGAGGACCAUGCAAGGUGAGACAUUCCCUGCAGAAGAUGACCAGGUUUUUCUAGGUGAGAAAUGAGGAGAGAAUAUCUGCCCUUUUUGGUUGAGUGAUGGACACUUAUUGUAUUAACCCAUCGUGUCUAAGGAUUGAGGGAGGAGACAAUUCUGAAUAAUGGAGGUUCUUUAAUUUUCAAGGGGCAUUCCAGGGAUUGCUUGAGAGCAUUCUUAGCUGAUAUUCUGAUGGGUCUCUGUUUUGCGUAUUUAUUUUCGUUACAAUACAACUUGUAAAUACGAUGAGUUUCAGUCGAAUUGAGGAAAACAAAACCGGACCAGAUGUAAAAAAUCCAAAUCGCUAAUGUCCAGUGAAUAAACCACUUAAUUUAAAAAAAGAAAACAUUUAAACCGUUGGCACGGUGCCCCCUUAGAUCUUUUCUAUUGUAAGCUGCUGCCAAGAGCUCAUGGCAAUGCGGGGGGUCAGGCUGAAUGAUAAAGCACAGGCCUUACAGGAUCACAGAAAUAGGGUGGGGAAAUUUACUAGGAUCAGGGAAGUGGAACGUUUAGUCUAUUAUGUAUUUAAAACAUUUUUUGUUCUACAAUCUAAUCAUUCAUUCCCCUACCUCUUAUUUAGCGACACACAGCGAUUUUUAAUUCUUCCCCAUAUACCUUUGAUAAUGUACUUUUUCCUUAUAAACAAUGUAGUUUUCGUAUGUACCUAGUUUCUGAAAUUAAUAUAAUUGUAGUGAUUUUUAAAAAAUAUAUAUAUUUUUUUUUUUAAAUACUUGCUUAACGAGUCCUGGUGCACGGAUGGGAUAUUUUCCUGUGUUGACCAAUAUUUCCAUAUGAUUUUACUUUCAUCACUUGCUAGAUUAAAAAGAUGAGGAAUUUCGGUAGAAAAGAGCUGCCCUGAAGGAGUUUAUGUGGGGGUUAGGUCAUUUGGGAUUGGGAAAUUGAUCUAACUCGUAUUGUAGAAAAAUUAGGCAGGUUAUACUUUGCAAACUCUGCUAAUCUUAAAUAACUAUAACUCUCACAGCAAAAUACAUUUAUUCAACAAGAAAUUCAUGGAAAUUCCGAUAUGGGUAAAUACUGUCAGUCAUGGAUGCUCUGUUUGGAUCAGAAUUGUUGUGUGGGUUUUUUUAAUGAGAUUUAUGAGAUUAGUUUGUCUUGGAACAUGUCGAUCUAUUUUUAAAUUACACGUGGUUAGCUAAAAUCUUAUACUUGUCAAGCCUCUCCCUAGCUUGUAUUGAAAUAAUUCCUAGGUUUUGUAUCUUACUUUUUUUUGGCAUGAUUGCUUUAGGACUGUGUUUAUAGCUUCUUUGCAUCACCAUACUGUACAAUAGUGGUUCUAGUUCUUAUAUGGUCUUUUUAAGGUGAAGGUCCAUGCUUUCUUUGUUUGGAAAUUUAUGUAUACAUAUGUUUGGCUAUUUGUACAUAUUUGUUUUUGUCUAUUUUUGUGUAUGGGGUGUCUGUACAUGUUAUGUGAUUUCUUUAUGUGUAUAAAGUAUGUUCCGGUGCUUCGGGCUCACCUGUUGCCAACAUGUCAAUAAAAUCCAGCAUAUAGCCAUUAAAUCCCCAUAGACCAGAUUGACAGUAGAAUGGAUCAAUUGAAGUGACAUUAAACUCGGCACUGUCAUUGAAUGCCACCUUUGCCAAGUCAGUUCAGAAAUCUAUGCCCAACUAGAUCUUCCCUACUCAAUUGUGUUAUUAAUGUGAUGUGGUAGUGUCUAGAUGCAACAGUAGCCUAGCUGCGAAAUGGUAGGACAGUCAUGCCCACAGAGCGAGUUGUAAAUGGUAUAGCACAUAAAAAACUAUCAUCUGUUGUAUCACUCAUCACACCAUUCAAAACCACCUUUAGAAGCAACAUCAGUACAAGAACUGUGCGUCAGGAGGUUCCUGAAUUGGGUUUCAGUGGCUGAGCAACUGUAUACAAACCUAACAUAAGCAUGAGCAAUACCAAGCGUUAACGUGAUUGAUGUAAAGCAUGCCUCCACUUAACUUUGUAGUAAGGGAAAUUUGUUCUUUGUGGUGGUGAAUCACACUACACUAUAUGGCAGUCUCAUGUACGAAUCUAGAGGGGUGGAUGCUGGGAGAAAAUUAACUACCAGAAUGCAUAGUACCUGCUAUGAAGAUGGGGGCUGUUUUCCAAGGUUUGUCCUGUGGCAACUGAAACUAAGAUAUUAAUUCUACAGGAUACAAACACAUUUUAGACAUGUUGGUGCUUGCAACUUUGUGGCAACAGAUUAGGGAAGGUCCUUUCCUGUUUAACCAUGACUGUCCCCCUGUGUCCUAAGCAAGAUCUAUGAAGACAUGGUUUUUGUGAAAUUCUGCACAUAGCUCUGGCCUCAGCCCCACCUAACACCUUUGAGAAGAAUUGGAAUGCCAAAUGAGAGUUAGUCCUUCUUGUCAAACAUCUUUGCCUGAUCUCAUAAAUGCUCUUUUGGCUAAAUUGGCACAAAUUCCAACAAAUACAAUCCAUAAUAUUGUAGAAAUACUUUUUUUUUUUUUUUUGAAAAUCUGUAGAAAUACUUUCCAGUAGAGUGGUGGCUGUUAUAGCCACAUAUGUAUGUAUGGGAAGUUACUCCAUAUUAAUACCUGUGAUUUUGGAGUGUAAUGUACGACAAUCUCAUAUAGGUGUGAUGGUCUGGUGUCCACGUACUUUGAGCCAUCUGUAUACGCAUCUGUGUGUGUGUGUUAGCUAUUUGUUUAAUUCAAACUUGAAUUCAGGGUUCUGUCUCGUCAUCUCUGGUGUCUUCUUUGGUGCAUUUAAGGACAUCCGGGUAAUGUCCAGAAUCAAUGCAGCGUAAGCACUUGUGCUGCGAUCAGUAUUCUCAGAGCGUUCUGUACUUGGUCCUCCUUAAGUUGGGCUGGGCAGAGAUCCUACCUCUAUGGGCUGACAGAUGGAUGCACCCACAUUGAUACCCCCUAUUGUUUUGUGGUAUGCUUACUACAGUGAGCACCCUUUUCUGUCAUAACAGCUCUAUUGUGGCUUUAAAUACCUAAUAAAAUAACAUACAGUUUAUGUAUUAAAAUAUACCAUUUGCCAAAACUAUAAAACCAACCUGAACCAUCCGAUAAACCCCUCUGCAACUGCUGAAUGUUUCUUGUUGUGCAUUUUAUUUUUAUAUAAGUACAUUAGGCAGUGCCCAGCUAAUAAGGUUUUGCCUUAGUCUGCACACAGUUUCUAUCCAAAUAAUCAAUGAAUGAGAAUGUUUCAACUCAUUUCCAAAUGAGACCCUUUGUGAUGUUGCAGGAGAAAAAGUAAAACAAAUCAUAUUGGUAGUUUCUAAUGGAUCACUUUUAUUUUGCUGCAUUAAUUGAUUUGACAUAUGGGGCUGCUUUCAACCAAUUUAAUAGAUUUAACAUUUAAAGAAGAUUUUGGGAGAAUGUAGAGAUAAUGCUUUCUAUUAGUUAUUUGCAGGUUAGACGUAUUAAGCUGGGUAUAGGGCAAUAAUAAACAUUGCAUUUUAGCUUCCUUGGUGUAAUGGAAGGAUCACAGUAAUUAUCUGGAGACUGUUAAGGGGUGAGAUAUUGUGCCCACUGUAGAAAAAACAAAAACAAAAAAUGUAAUCUAAGGAUAACUUGAAAAUUAAAAUGUGAAAAUUAGUUUGUUUGUUUUUUUAGAACAGACCUUUAGCUGACAUGGAAAAGAGGAUUUUAUCUAGAAAUGCUGCUUAACAAGUAACCGUGUCUCCUUUAUUUCACUGCAAUAACCUCCAUUACACGAGCAAACUGGACGUACUGCACUGACAAUUUCUCCGUGCAAUCUUGUGACAGCUGACGACAGCCCUGAACUCCUGUGGACAGUAUUACACCAUUAUUUUACAGGAGUCCCAGCCUAAAAUGCCAAACUAUCGCAAUAUGGUUUUGACAGUUACCUGGGCCUUACAGCCUGCUAGCAUUGCUUCUAGUCGAGCAGCAAAAGCUAAAUAAUGUUUAUUCAUUGGCUGACACUGUCAGCUGAGCACCCUCAGCCAAUGAAUGCAUUCAUGUCAUGGAAAAAACUGCACUGCUUUUGAUCUUCUUGAGUUGAGUAGUCAAAUAUCUGACACUCGGUGGAAUCUAGGUAAUUGUCAAACCAUAUUAAAAACAGUUUGCCAGAGUACUCUGGGAUUGCGAAAGGGUCUUCAUGGCACCAUAACCACUACAGCAGGCUAUGGGUGUUCCUUUAAAUUUACCCAUAAUCCAAUGGCAAGUGGACAUUUUGAGCCUUGUUAAAUUAAAUAACAAUAUCAAUUUGGGUUAUUGUAGCUACUCCGUUUGCUUCACCAUUCCACAAAAUGUUGAAUGGAUUUUUCUCUUAUUUAUGAAGACCACAAGAUAAUUUGUCUGAGCACUCCCUUGCCUAAGCAUCACAAAAAGGUUAGAAUCACAUUCUGUCAUUUUCUCUGUGUAAUCAAAAACAUAAAAAAUAUUCAUAGAAUUCUCCCCCCAAGGUGAUUUCAUAUCGUGCUGUAUGUGGGAACUUAACUGAUACUGUUUCACAAGGUGUAAGUAAUUCUUCAGUCAGUAACAUGUUAAUACAGGAGUAUGUAGUGUAUGUUAUCUGACAUUUACAAAAAAAUGUGUAGAAAAUUAGAAGCACAUUAAAAAUGCAACAUAAAAAAAAUCUGAACAGUUUUCAAGGGAUCUAGCCUCUUCUUCUAGUUUAUGUUGUAGCUAGGGACUGUCUGAAAUCUCCCGGCUAACCACAGCCUCUGUGGGAGACUUGUUUAACAUGUUUGACAGGUAAUGGGUCAGUUGGCUCUCAUCCAAACUUCUAUUAUAAGUGGCAAGCCUUGUAUCUAGGUCAGCUUUCUAAAAAAGAUUAACAAUAGUUUACGUCAUUUGGCAGAUUUCUGCUAUGUAUUUGUGGAGUAGUUGCUGCAGUAUAGUUACAUAGUUACAAAGCUGAAAAGAGACUUGCGUCCAUCAAGUUCAGCCUUCCUCACAUAUGUUUUUGCUGUUGAUCCAAAAGAAGGCAAAAAACCUAGUCUGAAGCGCUUCCAAUUUUGCCACAAACUAGAAAAAUAUUCCUUCUUGACCCCAAAAUAGCAGUCAGAUGUCUCCUUGGAUCAAGCAGCUAUUACCCCACUAAUUAGAAAUUAUGUCCCUGUAUGUUAUGUUUUUGCAAGUAUUUAUCCAAUUGCAGUUUAAACAUCUGUAAUGACUCUGACAAAACCACUUCUGCAGGCAGAGAAUUCCAUAUCCUUUUUGCUCUUACUGUAAAAAAAACCUUUUCUUUGCCUUAGGUGAAAUCUUUCUUCCAGCCUAAAUGUGUAUAGCCCUGUUUAUGAAUAGAUUUCCAGAUAAAGGUUUGUACUGGCCCUGAAUAUAUUUGUAUAAUGUUAUCAUAUGCCCUCUCAGGCGCCGUUUUUCCAAACUAAAUAGAUUUAAUUUUUUUAACCUUUCUUCAUAACUAAAAUGCUCCAUUCCUUUUAUCAAUUUUGUAGCUCGUCUCUGGACUUUUUCUAGUGCCAUGAUAUUUUUCUUUAGAACAGGUACCCAAAAUUGCACAGCAUAUUCAAGGUGUGGUCUUACCAGCGAUUUAUAAAGAGGCAAAAUAAUAUUUUCAUCCUGAGAAUUUAUGCCCCUAUUUAUACAUGACAAAACCUUACUGGCCUUAGCAACUGCAGACUGACAUUGCAUAUUGCUGCCUAAUUUGUUGUCUAUAACAAUUCCCAAAUCCUUCUCAUGUGUGGUUAUCCCUAGUUCACUACCAUUUAGGGUGUAAAUUGCUUGUGUAUUCUUAACCCUGAAGUGCAUAACUUUGCAUUUCUCUACAUUAAAUUUCAUCUGCCAUUUUAGUGCCCAGUCACCCAAUCUAUCCAAAUCCCUCUGCAGCAAAGCAAUAUCCUGCUCACAUUUUAUUACUUUACAAAGUGUUGUGUCAUCUGCAAACACUGAAACAUGACUUUCAAUGCCUAUUUCAAGAUCAUUUAUAAAUAUGUUAAAUAGAAGUGGUCCCAAAACAGAACCCUGAGGGACACCACUUACCUCUUUUGUCCAGCCUGAAAAUUUACCAUUAAUGACAACUCGUUGUAUUCUAUCAUUAAGCCAAUGUUCUACCCAAGAACAAGAAUAUUAAUCUAGACCAAUUUCUUUUAGUUUGAAGACUAACCUAUUGUGAGGAACCGUAUCAAAUGCCUUGGCAAAAUCCAAGUAGAUCACAUCCACUGCAACACCCUGAUCUAUACUUCUACUUACUUCUUCGUUGAAUGCAAUUAGGUUUGUUUGACAUGACCUAUGUUUCAUAAAACCAUGCUGAUUAUUGCUAAUAACAAAGUUCUUCCCACUUAAUUCCUGAAUAUUAUCCCUUAAUAGCCGUUCAAAUAUUUUCCCAGUCACAGAAGUUAAGCUCACAGGUCUAUAAUUUCCAGGAAAGGAUUUUGAACCCUUUUUAAAUAUAGGAACGACAUUAGCCUUCCUCAAAUCCUCCGGUACAACACCUGAAACAAAAGAAUCUUGAAAAAUUAAAUACAGAGGUUCACUUAUUUCCACACUUGUCUCCUUAAGUAUGUUGGCUGUUUGUGGUAUUAUGUGUGUGGGCUGUGGUUUUAUAUUUGAGUUUGUGGCCUGUUGUUUUGUGGUUGGGUAGCAUGUGGAGGUUUUGUAAUUGCGUAUGGGUUUUCUGUGGUAUUUUGUUUGGCUGAUUGUGGUAUUGUGUGGGUGUUGUGUAUGGGCUAUUGUAAUAUGUUAUUAUAAAGUUUUUUGUUUUUAGCUUUCCCUCUUACUUUAAAGGGUUACUCCAACCACCACGACCCCUUCUGCUUUCGAAGUGGUUAUGGUGAUUGGAGUCUGGAUGUACAGUGUUUUAUCUUGAAUCAAUGCACAUGCAAAGUUUUUCUUAAUUGUGCGCAACCCAAGCACUGGUCUGCGUAAUGUCAAUUCUGUGAAGGAAAAAUGUCUGUCGUCCAUGCGCACUGCACGCUGCUGACAGACAUUAAAAUCUUUCCUUUUACUUCCCACCCUCCUUAAUUUCCUUGCCUUUCCCUCCUGCUCAGAGCAUGUGCUCUAAACUGGUAAAAUGGUCCUAUGAAAGACUUGUCUAUGAGAAGACAAUGAUUGGACCUCGGCCUCCUCCCCUUCCUGCUGCGCAAACUCUGCAAAGACCCGGGGAGGGAGAUCAAAAGAUCUCCCUGACUGAGACUGUUUGCAUGUAAGGGGCCUUGGCCCCUUACAAGUGAAGUGGCUGUACCCGCCGACUGGCCCAUGGUUGCAGGGAUCGAAGUUGCGGUUGGGCCCCCUGGAGUGACGGGCCCGGUCGCAGCUGCGACCCUUGCAACUGUGGUAAGUAGGCCAUUAGUGCCAGUGUGAGCUAAACUUCUCUCACUUGUAGGUUUUGAGUUCAAGUCCUCAUCUUCACAUGAAAAUGGGGUCCUUCCUUGUUUGUUUAUUAAUGUGGUUUUGUCACACCUUUCUAUGCCCCCAAAAAGAGCAUAUCAUAAAACUAAUACAUGAAAAGCUCUGCAGGGGUCAUCUUCAAAUAGGUAUAACUCACCUUAGCUGCACACCAACUGGUGAUGUCACCAUUGGGGCUCUUUGCAAAAUAUGCAAGGGCCAAAAAAGGUGACAGAGCAACUAAACGGUAAAUGGCCUGCAUAACACAGAGGAUUUAAUUAUGUUCAAAUGCAUUAUGCCUGUAGUAUAAUGAAAAUGUGUUUCACUUAUUUUUAAUUAGGUUGAGUAUUGGGACAUCAUAUACAGAAGGUGGUUCAAGAGACCUCUCUGAGUGGUGAGUUUACUAACUUUUAUUUUUGUGCACCUGUUCCCCACUUCAGUGCUGCCUCCAAUCCUGUGCCCAGUAAAAUUAGCCACAUUGUGGAGAUGCAGGGUUUCCCUCUUUGAGCCAUCACUAAGGCAGAAUAUUUACAUUUUGCUAUAAAGCAUGCACUUAUCUCUCUUUGUUAAAAUUUUUACUGUAACUUUUAAUAGCAAUUUUUGCUACAUGGCAGAAAUAAGAGGGCAAUUACUCAUUUUUUUCACACCCUCUUUUAAUUUGCUCACACCAUGGGAAAGUAUCAGAGCAGGUGGACAGGUGCCUAUCCACUCCUAUUUUAAACCACUCACCUGUAGCCUAUAACUAGUGAUGUCCUGAACGGUUCGCCGAACGGUUUACCGAACGGUUCGCCACGGAUGGCGAACAUAUGCGCUGUUCGGUCCGCCCCCUAUGUCAUCAUUGAGUAAACUUUGACCCUGUACCUCACAGUCAGCAGACACAUUCCAGCCAAUCAGCAGCAGACCCUCCCACCUCUUGGACAGCAUCCAUUUUACAUUCAUUGUGAAGCUGCAUUCUUAGUGAGCUGUCCAGGAGGUGGGAGGAUCUGGGAGGGAGGGUCUGCUGCUGAUUGGCUGGAAUGUGUCUGCUGACUGUGAGGUACAGGGUCAAAGUUUACUCAAUGAUGACGAAUAGUGGGCGGACCGAACAUUGCAUAUGUUCGCCAUCCGUGGCGAACCGUUCGGCAAACCGUUCGGGACAUCACUACCUAUAACCCAUCACCAGAUUCUUAAAGGAACGCCAUUGUGUUAGGAAGAUAAAAAUUAUUUUCUUUUCUUCCAUGCUGCCCUCCUGCCAACGUGGCUGAGAUCAUCGAAAUCUCAGCCAGUCCAAUACCUUUUCACAGGAAAACAUUUGGAGGCUAGUUGAGUGACUGCUACUAGAGAAUGGCAGUGUUUUCAGCAGCAGGAUUAAAACCAGGGAACAUGUCACCAUGACCACUUCAUUGAGAUUGCGUGGUUUGGGUGUCUGUAGUGUUCCUUUAAUGUAAGGGUUCUACCUCCUAGUAAAUAUAUGUGCAAAUGAUGAAAAAUAAACUGAAUGAAUGAAUUUUGUUUACCACGCAAUUUGAUUUUUGUUUAAUUUGGUCAUAUGGUGAUUGGGACGUCUAUCUACACCCCAUCCCCCUCUCUAAUAAUAUUUUAGGAAAGUCUUCCAUAAUAUUCUGUAUACUAAUGAGGACUUUGUUUCUCAACACAAUUACAAUUAAUCUCACAACACGUGCCUGCAAGUCUUCAGAAGAGGAAGAUUUAGUGGGUCCUCCUCCUAUUUAACACUAGCUUUACACACAAUGUGGUUAGGGAAUUGAAGGGGGAUUGUGCUCACCUCAGUUUGUAAGUUAUCAUGGGGUCACUCUAAGCACCAUAACAACCUUGUAAUUGUGAAAACUAUGGUACAGAGAGACCUUGCACUCACUGUCAGUAUUGAGAGUGGCAUAUAACUGCAUUGCUGUGUAAAAAUAUCUGCAGCUAUAAGCAGAUCUCCUGUCUCAGACACUGCAAAGGAAGACUUUUCAGGUUUGUUUUUUUUGCCUGGUCAGUUUUGUCCAACGUUUGUGUGUGCAUGCACAAAUAGUAGGAAUCUCUUUUCUUUCUGGUCAGGGGUAUUUGCAUUCACUGCACACAGCCAGGUUAAUAGUGUAAUUAAUCCUAUCUGGUGAGUGGAAUUAUGCUUGUGGAAUAAACUGCUUUUAUCAUAGAUACUGGACAGGUGUUUAUGGAAUGGAUUAGACCCCUUAAACCAGAAAAGAGAAGGCCGUGAUUGGUGGAACCUCUCUCAGCUUCUCUAAACUGCACUGCUUUAUUUUUGUUUUUCAAUACUAAUAUUUUUAGUAUGCAUUAAAGCAUAAGGGUCAUUUUGUCCUUUUGUUACCAAUUAAUGUAUUUGUUCUUUGGGCCUUCCGAGCACAUUAUGCACUGAUUGGGAGAGGACCUUGCCACCAUUGCAUCUGGUUUACUAAAAAAAAAAAAAAAGACAGUACAAUAUUAAUAGACAAAUACAAAAGAUAAAAGGGGACCUCCCUGUCAGCUGGGAUCUAGGAAUUAAGGUUGUUUACAUUGUAAGAUCACAAGCUACCUAGCUAUGUAUUAAAGUAUAAAAUGGGUAGUUGAGAUAUCAAGGGAAAUGUGAAAGUGAUGAUUAAAGAAUAUGUGUAGCCACUAUUGACGUGUAAAGAAAGUAAUAAGAAAGAAUUUAGAUAUUAGGCAGCUGGAAAAGUUUGCUGUUUACUCUACUCGCUCCUCGGCAACCCAGCCUCUGAUAUGCUCAACCUCACGCCAUACUAAUCCAAGCCAGUGGACCCCAGGCACGAUAAUGAUUUCAAUCAACUGAAGAUGUCAUGGUGCCUGGAGUGUCCCUUUAAAUCCCUUUGUUUAUGCAGUCUAGCCACACCUUCCCUGGCUAUGAUUCACACAGCCUCCAUACACAGUUCCUGAAAAAUACUUUUUUUUUUAGCAUUCCUUAUUGUACAGUGUGCUUAAUUAGAAUUUCUUAGCUCAUUCUUGAUUGGUAGCCUUCAAGAGCUUGCAGUCUACUGUGUGUGAUUAAAGUUCAAUUACAGUGCAGAUAAACAAGUAUUAUGUAAACACAAUAUGCUGUAAUAUCUGAUUGAAAAUGAAACCAUUUUUUUUUAUAUGGAGACUGUGUGAUUUAAAGCCAGGGACUAGGGCUGUAUAAACAGAAACAAAUUAGAUUUUAUUUCUAAAUAGCAGUGAAUCAAGCAGUAAGACUGCAAGGUCUUGAUCUAUAUAUAAAAACUUAAUUAAACUUGUUUUGGUGCUUAUCUCUUUAACAAAUAUAUGUUUGUGAGGUGUUGAAAAUAAAAUUAAAUAUAGAACUAUACACAUCUUUAUGUUCCAACUGGGUGCUCUUUGUCAAUCAAUGUUAUAAGCUCUGCCCUUUGCACCUGGCAGUCAGCGUUGAGGAAGUAUACAGAGCUGAGGAGGAAUUAAACAAUGUUUCUAUUCUCAUCUUUUAGCAAUGUUUGCCCUGGCUUUGCAUUAUCUGAAUUGGAUUGUGACGUAAUUUGCAAAAUCUUUAAUAUAAAUUUUAAAGAUAGUCGAGCAGCUCAUGAAGAAAAGGUUACACAAGUUAAAGGUGAUUUUCUGUAUUUUAUUCAAUGGUAUGAAUUCCAGAUAAGUGACAGUUCCUCUUUAAGAAGUCCUGGGGUGGGGGAGAGGGCACUGAUUGAUUGGUCUCCUAUGUGACAGUGUGUCAGAUUACAAAAUACAAAGCAUUGUUCUGCAUUUAUUCAUCUAGUUUAUGUGUAGGCACAUUAUGUCAAGUUAUUAGAAUGAGGCUGCGCAAAGAAAAAUAAGAAUAAAGAAGGGAAAUAAAUAAGUAAAAAUAAAUGAAUUUAAAUAAAAUUAAAUACAAAAAAAAAUUAAAUUAAAAAUAAGUGAAUGGAUAGGUCUACCUUCACUAGAUAUAUCUGAAAUAUUUCCUCGGGAGUAUGAUUAAUAAAAGAGUAAUUUAAAAGGAUUAUCAAAAAGAUAUACACUAUGUAUUCAUUGACAUAAAAUCAUAAUCAGCAAAAUAGUGAGGUUGCAGAAACAAAUAAAACAGCAACAAGAAUCCACAAACAUUGGAAACAGAAAUUCACUAGUAGCUAAAAAUAUAAAGCGCCAAUAGCAGCCAAUAAGUCCGAGGUGCAUAAAAGUCCCAAAGGGAAUAGACAAAAUGUCUUAUAUCCACUUAGUAGAUGCAGUGUGGAGGUGACUCUUUUUGAUAGACGAACCUGUGGGCAGUCAAGUCCAGAGUAAGUCUCUAGAUUCUUCCAGCUGCCUUAGGAUCUCUAUGCAGAAAUAGAGACAAGGUCCAGGUUGGCUCAACAACUGCUCCUCGUAGGUACUUGUGAAUCCAAAUAACCAAACGCAUUUCACCUUUCUAGGCUUUAUCAAUGGCUGUUGAUUUUUUUCCCUUUCCCUUCUUUUUUCUUAGUGCAACCUCAUUCUAAUAUUUUUUUUAAAAAUUUUUUUUUAAUUUUUUUUUAUAUUUAGUAGGUUUUCCUAGCAAGGCUUGCUGCCACCAGUUAUUCCCUCCUUUUUUAUUUUUUCACUUACACCCUACUUCUGCAUUCACAUUAUGUCAAGUGGUUACAGGUAUAGCAGGUACAGGGGGGUUAUUCAUUAAAUAGAAAAUUCUGGGGAAGUUGAAUUUCAGAAUAUAGGUUAAAAAAAUUGAAGUUAACAAAACUAUUAAACUGAAAAUAUGAGCACGUCAUAGAACUUCAAAUUAAGAAUUCUUCUUUUUUUAUUUUCAGGAAAGGUGGAAAGAAGACAUUGAACUAGAGGACACUUGUUAAAAUGCAAAAACUGAUUUUUAUAUGUUAAAUAUGAUAGUCUGAUUAUAAGCCAAACAAGAAUGACAUCACGGAGUCAUAGCUAUUUGCACCGUGCUCUCCUUACACCCCGAUGGGUAUCUGAUGGGGCCCUCAGUGGAAUAGCAGAAAUCACCUCCUUCCUUUACCUUGGUCGCGGCAGUGUGGCAUCAAAUAGGACUCUACUUUUGGCCAAAGGCAUCACCUGCAUUAUCAAUGCUACAAUCGAAAUCCCAAAUUUCAACUGGCCUCAAUUUGAAUAUGUGAAAGUUCCUCUGUCAGACAUGCCCCAUGCUCCUAUAUCCUUAUAUUUUGACAGUGUGGCUGAUAAGAUACACAGCAUAGCUAGAAAACAUGGUGCCACCUUGGUACACUGUGCAGCAGGCGUUAGCCGAUCGGCAUCACUCUGCAUCGCCUACUUGAUGAAGUAUCACAAGGUGUCCCUUUUAGAGUCUUACAACUGGAUCAAAACAAGACGACCUGUAAUAAGACCCAACAUUGGAUUCUGGAGACAACUGAUUGAGUAUGAACGGAAACUGUUUGGAAGAUGCUCAGUGAAGAUGGUGCACACACCAUAUGGUGUCAUUCCAGAUGUAUAUGUAAAAGAGAGGAGGAAUCUGAUGCCUUACUGGAGAAUUUAAUGAAUUACAGCACUGCAUCCAGAAUAAAAUACAAUGUAGAAGAUUAAGAAGCUCUUUAAUUAGUUUUGUGAAUCUUGAAAACACAUCCUCAUACCUAGAAUUUAUCUGUGACCAUAAUGUAGCAAGAACAAUUGUUAAUUGAAUAAAUGCCAAAGGAUGAAUUAGAGGAACAUUCCUAGCACUAUAAUAGUUUGCAAGCAGUUUGGUGACGUACAUGAUGUCUGCGGGAACUAGUCACCUCCUCUGUGAGAACCAGAAGUUCGUUGGAUUGACUCAAGCUUGGAAGUGCAAGAUAUCUCACUGGUGGCAAGCAGUUAGCAGACACUCUCAAGCAAUGAAGUGGAACUGCACAGGAGGGUUUAGCUCAGGAGAGCUAAUGAAAAAAUCUGCUGGCAAUGGAGGAGGUGACUGUCCUCCAGUGGACCCCAGGUAAGUAGUCUAGCCAUUAACAAAUGGUUUGACUACUUACAUUGCACUGUAGUGGAUAUGGUGCUUGGAGUGUUUCUUUAAGAGAUUUCAUGCAACUUCCUUUAGUUAUCCAUAUAAACAGCAAAGAUAAACCAAGAACCAAAUAGAUGUUUCAAUGCUGCAUACAGGACACAUUAAAAACAUAUCUAAAUACAUUAUGUAUGCAUUUUUGUGGGUAUUAUAUUAUUAUUUUUUUGUUUAGCCUUUUUUUUCCUCCCGAUAAAUCCACUACAGUCAUCAGCAGUAGUAUAUUUUGUCGGACUACCUGAAAAAACCCAUAAAGUAAAUAGAAAAUGAAUGCUUUCAACAUGUUAUAUAACUAUCUUGCUGUAUACAACUUGAUAAGCUACUGCAUGAUUGCUAGGGGGAAUAAAUAAAUGAUCUAUAUAUUUUUUUUUUACAUUAACAUGCACAUGAUAGCUCAGAAGAACUUGGUUAAGUUUGUAUUGCAUGCAUGGUGUAAAGAUAACAGCAACUGGAUUUAAAUAUAGGCUCCCUGGAACCUUUGUUUCAAGAUAUAUUUCUACAUAUGCAAAGGGAGGGUUUUGCCUGUGCUUUAUCACGGACAGGUAACAACUGAAAACUUAGCAAAUGUUUAAAAAUGUUUAAUAAAUAUUCUGUUCACCAAA